AUGUUUUUGAAGUUUGUUGAUGGCUCUGAUUUUGUAAAGACGGGUGAAAAGAUUUUUGAGUUGUUUGAUGCCACUAUGGAGGAAGUUGGAGAAGAGAAUGUUGUUCAAGUUGUAACCGAUAAUGGGAGCAACUAUGUUUUAGCGGGUAAGUUGUUGGAGGAGAAAAGGAAACAUAUUUAUUGGACUCCUUGUGCAGCUCAUUGUAUUGAUUUGAUGCUUGAAGAUAUUGGGAAGCUUCCCUUGAUAAGGAAGACAAGUAGAAGGGCAAUUAAUCUAGUUGGGUUUAUCUAUGCCUAUUCUAGUACCUUAAGUUUGUUGAGAAAUUUUACAAACAAGAGGGAAUUGGUGAGACAUGCUAUUACUAGAUUUGCCACUUCUUAUCUAACCUUAGAAAGGCUCCCCAAAGAGAAAGUCAAUAUUAGAAAGAUGUUUACUUCUGAUGAAUGGACCUUGAACAAGCUUUCUAAGGAGCUUAAGGGAAAAGAAGCUGCAAAGGUAGUGCUCAUGCCUUUUUUUUGGAAUAGUGUGGUUUACACUCUUAAAGUCAUGGCUCCACUUGUGAAAGUGCUUCAUCUUGUGGAUGGUGAAAGGAAACUAGCCAUGGGCUAUAUUUAUGCAGCAAUGGACAAGGCAAAUGAAACAAUUAUCAAGUCUUUCAACAACAAUGAGAGCAAGUACAAAGAUGUGUUUGCAAUCAUUGAUAAAAGAUGGAAUUGUCAGUUUCAUAGACCAUUGCAUGCAGCUGCCCACUUCUUAAAUCUAGAGUUCUUUUAUGACAACACUGACUUGGAGUUUGAUUUUGAGGUCACCAAUGAUUUGUUUGAGUGCAUUAAGAAGUUUGAUUUAGAGGUCACCAACUUGGGACAAACUAGAAUGUUGACGUAG